AUGGUGUUGGGUGCCAAGCCGCCCUCGCCUGUCUCGGGGAGCCCAGAGGUUGCAGACCUUGAAGCCCACCCUUGUACCUGCAGAGUCCACUUUCCUGAUCCGAACAAGCUGCACUGCUUCCAGCUGACGGUGACCCCAGAUGAGGGUUACUACCAGGGUGGAAAAUUUCAGUUUGAGACUGAAGUUCCUGAUGCGUACAACAUGGUGCCUCCCAAAGUGAAAGGCUUGACCAAAAUCUGGCACCCCAACAUCACAGAGACCGGAGACAUCUGUCUGAGUUUACUGCGAGAACAUUCGAUUGACGGCACUGGCUGGGCCCCCACCAGGACACUGAAGGAUGUUGUUUGGGGAUUAAACUCUAUAUUUACUGAUCUUUUAAAUUUUGAUGACCCACUGAAUAUUGAAGCUGCAGAACAUCACCGUCGGGACAAGGAGGACUUCCGGAAGAAGGUGGACGACUAUAUCAAGAGCUUUGCCAGAUGA